GCACUCCCCGCGGCACCUCCCGGCGACAGCGGCUCCUCCAGCGCAGCGUCCAGAGACAGGAUUUUGGGUUUUUUUUCUUUUUUUCUUUUAAACCCCGGGAAGAGUGUUUGUCCCCCUGGCUAGGGGAGGACCACGGAGGAUCGCUCUCACCGCGCCAGACAGGAGCGCGAGGCCCGAGGAGGUGGAGAGCUUAGGGACCGGCUCCGGAGACGGGUCGUCGGCCUCGGCGAGCGCGGGGCACCCGGCUUGCAGGCCGCGUGGAGCUCACCAUGGUCAGCUGCUGGGACACGGUGGCCCUGCUGCGCGCGCUGCUCGGCUGUCUGCUGCUCACAGGGUAUAGUUCGGGUUCGAAGCUCAAAGGUCCUGAGCUGAGUUUAAAGGGCACACAGCAUGUCAUGCAAGCAGGCCAGACGCUGUAUCUCAAGUGCAGGGGAGAUGCAGCCCACUCGUGGUCCCUGCCUAAAUCCGUGAGUAAAGAGACCAAAAAGCUGAGCAUCAGCAGCUCGGCGUGUGGAAGGAACAGCAAACAGUUCUGCAGCACGUUGACCUUGAACAUGGCACAGGCAAACCACACUGGCUUCUACACCUGCAGAUACCUGCCCAAAACUACUUCAAAGAAGAAGCAGACGGAGUCCACAAUCUACAUAUUUAUUAGUGAUGCAGGGAGACCUUUCAUAGAGAUGCACAGGGAAAUCCCCGAACUUGUAUACAUGACGGAAGGCAAAGAGCUCACCAUUCCGUGCCGGGUCACUUCACCGAACAUCACUGUUACCCUCAAAAAGUUUCCCCUGGACACUCUGAUCCCCGAUGGAGAAAGGAUAAGUUGGGACAGUAGGAGGGGCUUUGUAAUAGCAAAUGCGACGUACAGGGAAAUAGGGCUUCUGAACUGUGAAGCUACGGUCAACGGGCGCUUGUACCAGACAAACUACCUGACGUACCGCUUGACCAACACAAUCCGAGACGUCCAGAUAAGCCCUCCACGCCCAGUGAGGUUGCUCAGAGGCCACCCGCUUGUCCUCAACUGCACGGCCACCACUGCUCUGAACACAAGGGUGCAAAUGACCUGGAGCUACCCUGGUAAAAUAACUAAGAGAGCGUCCGUAAGGCAACAAAUCGACAGAAGCCACUCCCACGCCAAUGUGUUCUACAGUAUUCUUAAGAUUGACAAUGUGCAGAGAGGGGACCGAGGUCUUUACACGUGUCGUGUGAAGAGCGGGCCGUCAUUCAAAUUCGUUAACACGUCCGUGCACGUCUAUGAAAAAGGAUUCAUCAAUGUGCAACAUCGGAAACAGCAGGUGCAGGAAACUAUAGCAGGCAAGCGGUCCUACCGGCUGUCCAUGAAAGUGAAGGCCUUCCCCUCGCCGGAAGUUGUAUGGUUAAAAGACGGGUCACCUGCAGUGGAGAAGUCUGCCCGUUAUCUGGUCCGUGGCUAUUCAUUGAUUAUCAAAGAUGUGACAACAGAGGAUGCCGGCGACUAUACAAUCUUGCUGAGCAUAAAACAGACAAAUCUAUUUAAAAACCUCACUGCCACGCUAAUUGUAAAUGUGAAACCCCAAAUUUAUGAAAAGUCCGUGUCAUCAUUUCCAAACCCACCUCUCUACCCACUGGGCAGCAGACAAGUCCUGACUUGCACCGUGUAUGGAAUCCCUCAGCCUACAGUCAAGUGGCUUUGGCACCCUUGUAACCACAAUCACUCUAAAGCAAGGUAUGACUUUUGUUCCAAUAGCGAAGAGUCCUUUAUCCUGGAUCCCGACAGCAACAUAGGAAACAAAAUCGAGAGCAUCACCGAACGCCUGGCAGUGAUAGAAGGAACAAACAAGAUGGCUAGUACCUUGGUUGUGGCUGACGCUAGAAUUCCUGGAAUCUACAGUUGCCAGGCUUUGAACAAAAUAGGGAUGGUGGAAAGAAACAUAAGCUUUUACAUCACAGAUGUGCCGAAUGGGUUUCAUGUGAACUUGGAGAAGAUGCCCGCGGAAGGAGAGGACCUGAGGCUAUCCUGCACUGUGAACAAGUUCUUGUACAGAGACAUCACCUGGCUUCUGCUGAGGACCGUUAACAACCGCUCCAUGAUGCACAGCAUCAGCAAGCAAAAAAUGGCAGUCACCAAAGAGUACUCCGUCACUCUCAACCUCGUCAUCAAGAAUGUAUCUCUGGACGACUCGGGCACCUAUGCCUGCAGAGCCAGGAACGUGUAUACAGGGGAAGAGAUUCUUCAGAAGACAGAAGUUCUCAUCAGAGAUCAGGAGACGCCGUACCUGCUGCGGAACCUCAGCGACCACACGGUGGCCCUCCGUGGCUCUGCCACCUUGGACUGCAGAGCUGGUGGUGCCCCAGAGCCACAGAUCACUUGGUUCAAAAACAACCACAAAAUCCACCCAGAGCCGGGAAUUAUUUUAGGACCGGGAAACGGCACGCUGUUUAUUGAAAGGAUCACAGAAGAGGAUGAGGGAGUCUAUCGGUGCCGAGCCACCAACCAGAAGGGGGCCGUGGAAAGCGCAGCCUACCUCACCGUGCAAGGGGCCUCGGACAAGUCCAACCUGGAACUGAUCACUCUGACAUGCACCUGCGUGGCAGCGACCCUCUUCUGGCUCCUCUUGACCCUCUUUAUCCGAAAACUCAAAAGGUCUUCUUCUGAAAUAAAGACAGACUACCUGUCGAUUAUCAUGGAUCCUGAUGAGGUUCCUCUGGAUGAGCAGUGUGAACGGCUGCCCUAUGACGCCAGCAAAUGGGAGUUUGCACGAGAGAGACUCAAACUGGGCAGAUCGCUUGGGAGAGGGGCUUUCGGGAAAGUGGUUCAAGCAUCGGCAUUUGGCAUUAAGAAAUCUCCCACGUGCCGGACUGUGGCUGUGAAAAUGCUGAAAGAGGGGGCCACAGCCAGCGAGUACAAAGCUCUGAUGACCGAGCUCAAGAUCUUGACUCACAUUGGCCACCACCUGAACGUGGUCAACCUGCUGGGAGCCUGCACCAAGCAGGGAGGUCCUUUGAUGGUGAUCGUUGAGUACUGCAAAUACGGAAAUCUGUCCAACUACCUCAAGAGCAAACGUGACUUCUUCUUCCUCAACAAGGACGCGGCACUACACGUGGAGCCCAAGAAAGAGCAGCUAGAGCCAGACCCGGAGCAGGACAAGAAACCCAGGCUAAACAGCGUCACCAGCACCGAGAGCUUCGCCAGCUCUGGGUUUCAGGAAGAUAAAAGUGUGAGUGAUGUCGAGGAAGAGGAGGACCCUGAGUUCUACAGACAGCCCCUCACGAUGGAAGAUCUCAUCUCCUACAGCUUCCAAGUGGCCAGAGGCAUGGAGUUCUUGUCUUCCAGGAAGUGCAUUCAUCGAGACCUGGCAGCGCGAAACAUUCUUCUAUCUGAAAACAAUGUGGUGAAGAUUUGCGAUUUUGGCCUGGCCCGGGAUAUUUAUAAGAACCCCGAUUAUGUGCGAAAAGGAGAUACCCGACUUCCUCUCAAAUGGAUGGCCCCCGAAUCCAUCUUUGACAAAAUCUACAGCACCAAGAGCGACGUGUGGUCUUACGGAGUGUUGCUGUGGGAAAUCUUCUCCCUAGGCGGCUCUCCAUACCCAGGAGUGCAGAUGGAUGAGGACUUCUGCAGCCGCCUCAAGGGAGGCAUGAGGAUGAGAGCACCCGAGUACGCCACUCCGGAAAUCUACCAGAUCAUGUUGGAUUGCUGGCACAGAGACCCCAAAGAGAGGCCCCGGUUUGCAGAGCUGGUGGAGAGACUAGGCGAUUUGCUCCAAGCCAAUGUCCAACAGGAUGGUAAAGACUACAUCCCACUGAACGCCAUCUUGACCCGAAACAGUGGGUUCACCUACUCGGCUCCUGCCUUCCCGGAGGACUUUUUCAAGGACAGUAUUUCAACUCCAAAGUUUAGUUCUGGAAGCUCUGAUGAUGUCAGAUAUGUAAAUGCUUUCAAAUUCAUGAGCCUGGAAAGAAUCACAACGUUCGAAGAGCUUUCACCAAACGCCACCUCCAUGUUUGAUGGUUGCCAGGUGGACAAGGGCACCCUGCUGACUUCUCCCUUGCUGAAGCGCUUCACCUGGACGGAGAGCAAGCCCAGAGCCUCGCUGAGGACCGACUUCGGAGUGACAAGUCAAAGCAAGGAGUCAGUGCUUUCAGAUGUCCCCAGGCCCAGCUUCUGCUUUUCCAGCUGUGGCCACGGCAAAUCUCUGCAUGACCUCUUGGAGCUGGACAUCAAAUCUCUGCAUGACCACUCGGAGCUGGGAAAGGAUUCUUGCUGCUCUCCGCCCCCAGACUACAACUCGGUGGUCCUGUAUUCCUCCCCACCUGCCUAAUGCUUGAGACAAGGCUUCUUGGUAAAAGCACAUGUGUAGCUAUCCCCAGAAACUAGCUUCUGCCAGUAUUAUACAUAUAUGAGUUUACACCUGUACCUUUUCACAGGAGCUAUCUGCUCUUUGUGACUUUUAAUAGUGCCUUUUUUUUUUUUUUUUUGACUAACAAGAAUGUAAUCUCAGAUAGAGAAAUAGUGACAAGUGAAUAACACUACCGCUCGAUCCUCACAUGAUUCCUUGGAUUACAGAAAUCCUCUCUAAGCCCAAGGACCCACCUGCUCCAACCCCCAAGGCCUCAGGGCCAUAGGAUAGCAGGGUGCGGGAGAUCCAUUAGCCACAUCACCCAAUGUGACAUCCCCCUCCAGCCGUGGCACCAGCAGCUACAGACAGCGCUUUGGCUCAAGGCAUUGAUGUGCUGACCUAUGUAUGCAGUGUCUCUGGAGUCCUCAAGCAAACCUAAGACCUGGAAGGAGAUGAAGAAAAACAGAUGAGGGAGAAGAGAGAAAACAGGAGGCGUGAGAGAGAUAAGGAGAUGUGUCACGUGGGGUGGGACAAGGAGGCUCUGCCCACAGACCCACAGACUUUUCGGGCACCCUGCCAGGAGCAGGCAGGGCAGAAGGGGGGUGGCGUGACACAUUUUCUGGAUCCUGGGAGCUAAGGACCAACACCCUUUGGAACUAAAGUAAAUCCUAAAUUCCUUGUGAGACUGCAGCAUGACCAUCCAAGGUGUAUUUUCAUUUAUAGCACUGAAGGCAGCACUCAGCCCUGAGCCUGUGCUUCAACCACCGCUGGCCCCUCCAGUGAGAUGCACUGAGAACUUACCCAGAGCUUGGUGGCCGGACACUUAGCAUGUAACUCACAGGAAGCUAAGGAGCCCAGUUUGAUCUAAUAGGGUUGUCUACUGUUGGGCUUAAAGCCACGUUUUUAUAAAGCCAGAUUUUAUUUCAAGUACUAAUAUAUAAAGACAGUUUUGUGUUACCUGGUUUUAUUCAGUCAGCUAUACAAGGAAGCUGGGGGGGAGGGGGGACUCCCCUGAUGGGCUAAAACCCAACGCGGCAGAAUGCAAAUUCCAUGCACACUAGCCCAACCAACUCACCUCUCAGGUUUCCUUUUGCCUUGACGUGAAUCCCACCAUCCGAAGCCAAGCUGAAAGGGUGUGAGAGCAUUAGCCAACGAUUAUUAAGCACUUUAUGUUGAGGGUGAAAAAAGGUAAUUAACAUAAUUUAUGCCAGAUCCUUCUCUAGCUGGGACUCAGGAUACCAAUUAACAGUCCAUCUAGGAGGGGGAAAGAUCCUAUUGCCAUCUGUUUGGGACCUUGCCUUGGUCCUGAGGAUGAUGGGAACAGGGAAACGGGAGACAGGGUAGAGAAAGUGCUUCUAUUUCAAGGACUGAGAUCAACGGGGUCCUGGGUCCUUAACCUGCCUAUGCUAGAUGCUGUCUGAGCAGCGACAGUCUGUGUGUUUAGACCACAUGCCCCUGCGGUGUUAGUGAUGGCUGGGCAGUCAUCAGUGAGAACUUGUUUCUGGGGAGCUUCCUUCCAAGCUUGGCAAAGAACUCUGAGUACCGGCAGAAUGGAUGCCUCCUCCCCUCUGAACCAUGGGGUUUAUGGGGGGGGGGGGAGAUGCUGGGGAGUCACUACAAGCCUACUGGGCACCUGAGGGUAGCCCUCGAAGACUCUUCGACCCCAUCAGAGGAGGGAGGCAGGCCUUUUGACUUGAAACUGCAUUAAAUCAGUAGGGCCAAAAGAGGAGGAACAUCUUCGUUCUUUCUCUUUUUUUCCCCCACGCUCCAAGCCAGAUGAUCACAGAAUUGAUGAGGUGAUUAGACAGAGGUCCCACAAAGUCAAAGAGCUCAGUCCUGUUGUGUUUUUUUUUUUUUUCAGAUCAGAUAAGAAUGCAGCAAUUACUGAUUUUAAAAAAGCCUUAGCUAUUCCUAUUAUCAUUUUCAUCGUAACAACUGAAUUCACAAUCAUUACGAGUAAAUGCAAUUUUUCCAAAAGUGAAAAAAUCAAUCUUGUAGAACUCUGUCACUAAGAUUAAGGACUCAGGUUUAGAGUCUAUCAUCCAAAACAAAAAGGGGGGGGCUCCAUCAGUCUUACCAUAGAGAUAGGAGCAAUAACACACACACCUAAGCACAGAAGGCUUGAUCAUAGAAAUAGCCCUGGGGGCUAAAACUGUCAAAACCACAUGCUGUUCAAAACAAAACAACACUAAGAACCAGCGCCUUCAUCCAGCCUUCAGGAGAUAACCUAUGCCUGACAGUGGGAUUGAAGCCACAGGCUAGCCCAUAUCUGCUCAGAAAGGUGCUCAAGAGACCAACUUGUUCAAAUCCUGAAAAAACAUUGCUAAGGCCUCCGAGUUGCUCCUUGUUUCCCAGCUCAUAAAGCAAACCAAACAUGAAGCAGACUCUCGCCAGCCCUGUUGCGCUUGACUGAGGAGGAGGGCCUCUUUGACUGACGGUGGGAGGACAACUGUAUGUGUAUGUGUAUGUGUGUGUGUGUAUGUUUUGUGCAUAACUAUUUAAGGAAACUGGAAUUAUAAAGUUACUUUAUACAAGACUAUAUGCUGUAAGACAUGAUCUCCUACCUUUCUAGUCAUGAUGAAUGUAUUUUGUAUGCUAUCUUCAUUUAAUAAAAUUAACUUUCAAAAUCAA